GCUCGCGCUCCGAACUGCAGCACGCGCCACGGAGAUUCCCUCUUUACAGAAGACACAAGCCUCCUGGAUAAAGACAACAACAGAAAACAUUUGCAUGCACCAUGAAGUUUAUGCUUUUGGUCUCUUUGGUUGUUUACCUAUCUGCAGAUGGAGAGUCCAUACCAGUUGAGCAGGACACCAGGAGAGAAGAUCUGCUUACCCAGUGUUUAAUUCAGAUCAUUUCUAAGACACUGUAUAAAACAGAUGCUUCUCCACUGCAUCCAGAAUGCAAAAACAUCCUCAAAGCAGGUUCAGGUCACUCAGUCAUGAAAAAGAGUGAGAAUGCUGUUCCAGAAACAGCUCAAGAGGAAGUGAAAAAGCCAAGCAAAGAGUCUAAAGUCAAGCAGAAGGAAAUCAUUGAGGAUCUUCUCAAAGCUGACAAAGAAAAACACGAGGAAUUGAAUGAUGAACGAAGUCAGGAAGAAUUUCCGAGUUUUGUGAAAAGGAGAAUCCAAGACAAGUACGAGGAAGUGGACGAUGAACGCAGCCAAGAGAACUUCCCAAGUUCUGUCAAAAGAAGACUCAAGGACAAACGUGAGGAAAUGGAUGAUGAACGAAGCCAGGAAGAUUUCCCAAGUUUUGUCAAAAGAAGACUCAAGGACAAACGUGAGGACAUGGACGAUGAACGAAGCCAGGAAGAUUUCCCAAGUUUUGUCAAAAGAAGACUCAAGGACAAACGUGAGGAAAUGGAUGAUGAACGAAGCCAGGAAGAUUUCCCAAGUUUUGUCAAAAGAAGACUCAAAGACAAACGUGAGGAACAGGACAAUGAACGCAGCCAGGAGGACUUCCCGAGUUACUACAAAAGAAGCAGCAAAGAUAAAAGAGAAGAUCCUGAAGAUGAGAGAAGCCAAGAGGAAUUCCCUCAGAAACGUCAUUUCUCCAUCUUCCACAAGGAAAAGCGUGAUAAUCCCGAUGAAGAGCGCAGCCAAGAGGAAUUUCCUCCAUACCAGUACAAAAGGAGUCAUCUUCUGAGCAAUAAAGACAAGCGUGAAGAUCCAGACCAUGAUAGAAGCCAAGAGGACUUCCCAAGCUACACCCACAAACGAAACCAUGGGGAUGAAGAGGAGAAAGAAGAAGAGGAUGAGGAUGAGAGAGAGAAGCAUAUCUGGAAACCCUCACAACGAUACCACCACAAGAAAAAUCACCACAAACGAGAUAAAGACUCAGAGAAUGAGAAUUUUGAAGAUCAGGACUACGAUAGGAGCCAAGAAAACUUCCCAAGCUACACCCGCAAACGAAACCAUGGGGAUGAAGAUGAUGAGGAGGAUGAGGAAGAGACAGAAAAGCGUAUCUGGAAACCCUCACACAGAUCCCACCACAAGAAACAGCUCCACAAACGAGAUGGAGAUUCAGCCGAGGACAUGAACUCUGAGGAAUCUAAAGAGGUGGACGAGGAUAUCAUAAAACGAUCUCGGAGACCCUCUAGCAGAAACCAUCAUAAGAAAUACCACAAACGCAGUGGGGACUCAUCUGAAGAGGAUUAUGAGGAACAGCCCCUGGAAAAGAGGUACGAGGACUCGGAGGAGAGCGAGGAAAUGCAAAAAAGGAUCUGGAAGCCGACACACAGAUAUCACCACAAGUAUCAUCACAAGCGUGGUGACUCCAUGGAGUUUGGGGAUGAAGAUGAACCAAAGACUGCCCAUGAGCCAAAUGAAAAGAACCAUCCCUCAAACAGCCAUGGUGAAGAAGAUGAGCAAAAAAGACACCAGAGCCCUGCAGAACAAGAGCAGGAGAGGGAGGAUGCACUGAAGUACCUCACUAAGAAAAAAAACGAGUUAGAGGAGCGCCUACUCAACAAGGGCUACUGGUAUGAGAAACGUUCUCCUUGGAUUUACCAAGGAUACUACCAUCCGGCAUGGUUCAAGAGAAGCCAAGAUGUGAGUCAAAGUACUAGCCCCCAUCCUAAUAGUAACCUAGAGGAGAUUGCUGAGACCCUACGGUACAAAAGAGGUCUGUUUUCUCAAGAGGAACCACUUGGGGAGGAAAAGGAUGUGCCACAUCAGAAGCUUCUCACAUCAGAAGAGUUAAAAGAACUUGAGAAACUGUCCUCUGUGGAUCAACAGAUGAACAAAGCAGCUUAAUCAGUUGAAGAACCAGCCACAAACCAGCAAAGACAUCAUCUUCCUGUGCAGCCAGUUUCAACUUUCCAUUAGCUUUAUGUGUGCUGAUUU